CUAUUUUUUUUAUUGCGUACUCGUACUCAGAGUAGGGGAAGCGCAUACGCUGCAUCUGGAAUCGUGUGGCAGGGUAUUUGCGACGGGAAAUUAUUGAGCGAAGUAGUCGAAACGAGACUUUCAGCCCCACGUUUAUACACAAGUACUCACCCCCAGUGUGUUUAAGCUAUUUUGACUGUCACACCAUCCAGGUGAACGAUUCACGAACACGAGCAGAAGAAGAGGAUGUAACAACUAAAAAUUGUUUUGUCGAUUACUCUGAAGAGGGACAGCGUAUGCUGUUGAUUUGUGCUGUGCGGUUUGCAGCAGGCUACCGUAAGCCUCUGGUUGUGAUUGAAACUUGAACAUCUGGUGAAUGUUAGGUCGUUGCAUGCGUGGGAGAGAGACGGAUGAGUUUAGCAAGUGUCACAUAUUCGUCGGUAACAACACGCAAGGACCGAAGAUGCCACAAACUCAGCUUUGAACUAAUGUUAUCUCACGUCGUCUGUCAAAUGAGGACAUUUUCACUACCUGACAUCUCCAGUGCUUGAGGAGACGACCACUGGACAAGACUGUGUGAUGAAUUUAAAUGGAGCGAGAGUUUUUACCUGGUUGCCUACAUUAGAAGUUGUUAAUCGGUAGGCGGCGCACAUGCUUACCUUGCUGCACUUCCUCAGUACAUGUAAAACAAAACUAACACCGGAGGGGGCAGGGUCAUUAGUUGUGUGUGUGGGACAUUACCCUACAGCUUGCUGAAUCACACAAACUCUUCCGCAUCGACAAAACUUUGAGGACGGCGGUUCCUUUGCCGUUGAUUUUGCUAUGUUUAGAUGGGCUUUGCAGCUUUACAGUGGAGCGACGAAUAUGAAAAGCUUUCAGUUGGACAGGACUGCGCAGAGAAACAGAAAAUAACACCCCAGAUGUUCUUUACCUUUUGACGGAAUCAAGUUUAAGUGGGCUAGUGUAGCCCAAUAUACAAAUUAUCGUCGGGACUGCAGGCUGUGUGUAUGACUUUUAUGAUCUUAAACGUAUAGUGACUUCUUUGCGAGUUCACGAAGGAUAUCCAACUUCCAUUGAACAGGAAGAUGCGGCUGAGCAGACAAUUCACUGUUUUUGGCAGUGCCCUAUUUUUUGUGGUUAUAAUCUCACUAUACUUAAUGCUGGAUCAUCUACAAUUAGAUCAUACCAAAAAUCCAAGCAGUGGAAUGGAUCGGUUACAAACUGGGCAGCUGUCUGUCCUGCAGGACAAAAUCGAUCGUCUGGAAAGACUGCUUGCUGAGAACAACGAGAUAAUCACCAACAUCAGGGACUCUGUGAUCAACCUCAGAGAAUCAGUGAAGGAUGGCCGAAGGGCUGGGGAGACAGGCAACUUCAGCCAGGGGCCAGUCGAGCUGCUCCCAUCCCCUCCGCUAGUCAUCCCCAUAGACUCUGAGGACUGCCAGUUUUCAACAAGGCCUUACUCCAAAACAGCGGAUGGACAGCAGAUGUUGGAUGUGAAUGAUCUACUGGCCUUUGACAACCCUGAUGGGGGAGUGUGGAAGCAAGGCUUUGAAAUCACCUACGACGAGCACGAGUGGGAUACUGAGCCUCUUCAGGUGUUUGUGGUGCCACACUCUCACAAUGACCCUGGGUGGUUGAAGACCUUUGAUGAUUACUUUCGAGACCAGACGCAGCACAUCCUAAACAACAUGGUGGUGAAGCUCCACGAGGACAGGCGCAGGAAGAUCAUCUGGUCCGAGAUCUCCUACUUCUCCAAGUGGUGGGAUAACAUCGAUGACCAGAAACGGGAUGCCGUGAAAAAGUUGAUCGAGCGAGGCCAGCUGGAGAUGGCCACUGGGGGCUGGGUGAUGCCUGACGAGGCCAACACCCACUACUUCGCCCUGAUUGACCAGCUCCUGGAGGGACAUCAGUGGCUAGAAAGGCAUUUGGGUGUGAAACCUAAAACCGGAUGGGCUGUAGACCCGUUUGGACACUCUCCCACCCAGGCCUACCUGCUGAAGCAGGCGGGCUUCUCCAACAUGCUGAUCCAGAGGGUCCACUACUCGGUCAAGAAGCACUUUGCCGCCCAGAAGAGCCUGGAGUUCUUCUGGAGGCAAAACUGGGACCAUGAUGCCAGCACGGAUAUCCUGUGCCACAUGAUGCCCUUCUACAGCUACGACGUGCCCCACACCUGCGGCCCCGACCCAAAGGUCUGCUGCCAGUUCGACUUCAAGAGGCUCCCUGGGGGCCGGGUGAGCUGCCCCUGGAGGGUCCCUCCCCAGGCCAUUACUGACAACAACGUCCAGGACAGAGCCCGGAUGUUGCUGGAUCAGUACCGAAAAAAGUCCAAGCUGUUCCGGAGCAAGGUGGUUCUUGUGCCCUUGGGCGAUGACUUCCGCUACACAGAAGCGCUUGAGUGGGACCAGCAGUUCCAGAAUUACCAGAAGCUCUUUGACUACAUGAACUCUCACCCGGAACUUCACGUUAAGGCCCAGUUCGGCACCAUCUCGGACUACUUCGACGCUCUGCGGAAGGCAACGGGCGAUGGCAUCGGCUCCCCGUCGCUCCCGGUGGUCAGCGGCGACUUCUUCACCUACGCCGACCGCGACGACCACUAUUGGAGUGGCUACUACACCUCGAGGCCCUUCUAUAAGCGCCUGGACCGCAUCCUGGAGUCUCACCUCAGGGCUGCCGAAAUCCUCUACUCCCUUGCCUUGGCCAACAUGAGGAAGGUUGGCAAGUCCAACAACUUCCCAGCCACAGAGUGCUACAAGCUGCUGACGGGCGCCAGGCGCAACCUCGCCCUCUUCCAGCACCACGACGCCAUCACUGGCACGGGCAAGGACUGGGUGGUGGUGGACUAUGGCACCAGGCUCUUCCACUCCAUUCUCAACCUGAAGCGGGUCAUCGUCAACUCGGCCCACUGGCUCGCUCUGAAGGACAAGCAGAUGUUUAAUCACGACGCGUCCAAUCUCUUCCUGCAAAUGGAUGAUGUCCAGCCUGCCCAAGAUGCCCAGCCUCGCAAAACGGUCCUAAAGAUAGGCCUAAACCCACGGUCCCUAGUCAUCUACAAUCCGGCAGACCAGGCGCGGUCGUCCGUGGUAACCGUGUACGUGAACACUCCUCAUGUGCGCGUGCUCAACACUUACGGUCAGCUGGUCAGAGUUCAAGUCAGCGCCGUAUGGGAGGACACCACCCAAGUGUCAAAAGAGGCCUACCAGUUGUCUUUUGUAGCACAGGUGCCCGCUCUGGGACUGAGUGUGUACCAGCUCUCUGAGGGGGCGGAGCUGCAGACAGAACUCUCUCAGUAUGUGGUCCUGCAGCAGGGCAACGAGCUGUCAAUCAAAGGCGCUGAAGACUUCCACGUGGCCAAGUCCCAGGUCGAGACCGAGCCCAUCAUCAUUGAGAACGCCCACCUGCAGCUCAAGAUCUCCCCCUCCACCGGCCUCCUGGAGAGACUGAGGCUGAAGGAGGAUGGUGUGGAGCAACAGAUCAAAGUGGAGUUCGUCUGGUACGGCACCACCAGCAAGAAGGACAAGAGCGGGGCGUACCUGUUCCUGCCCGGUGGGGAGGCCACGCCAUUCAGCUCAUCCAGGCCGCCAGUGAUCAGAGUCACCAAGGGCUCUGUGUUCUCGGAAGUCACCACCACCCUAUCACACAUCACACACACUGUGCGCCUCUACCACAUCCAGGGUGUGGAGGGCCAGGUGGCAGAGAUCUGUAACUCUGUGGAUAUAAGGGGGGAGUUCAACCGUGAAAUUGCAAUGAGGAUAACAUCAGACCUGAACAGCAAAGAUCGAUUCUUUACAGAUCUCAAUGGGUUCCAGAUCCAGCCCAGGCGGACGAUGGCCAAGCUCCCUCUGCAGGCUAACUUCUACCCCAUGAGCAGCAUGGCCUACCUGCAGGACCCCAGCUUCAGGCUCAGCCUGCUCUCGGCCCAGUCACUGGGGGCCAGCAGCCUGCGGAGCGGCCAGCUGGAAGUUAUUCUGGACCGGAGGCUCAACCAGGAUGAUAACCGAGGCCUCGGCCAGGGCGUCCUGGACAACAAGGUCACCGCCAACGCAUUCCGCCUCCUGCUGGAAAAGACGAGCUCAACUGAGGAGCCACAAGCUGAGGCCAGCACUCCCUACAGCUUCCCUUCUCUGCUGAGUCACAUGUUGUACAUGCACCUCAACCACCCGCUCAUCCCCAUGGCGACCGGCCUGGACACGGCUGAGGUCCCCCUGUCCCCCUAUGCUCCUCUGGAGUCCUCGCUGCCCUGCGAUGUCCACCUGGUCAACCUGCGCACCAUCCAGUCUAAGGAUGAGGGGGGAGGUCCAUCCGAGGAGGCUGCUUUAAUUCUGCACAGAAAAGGCUUUGACUGCCACUUCUCCAGCAGGAACACUGGCCUACUGUGUUCGACAACACGUGGCAAGCUCUCUGUGGACAAGCUGUUUGGUGGGCUGUCGGUGAGGAAGCUGACGCCGGCCUCUCUCUCCCUGCUGCACAGCCAAGAGAACGGGCAGAGCUCGAGCCAGAUCAGCCUCAAGCCCAUGGAGAUCAGCACAUACCGGCUGGAGCUUAGUUGAGCCCCAGACACCCCUCUUAACAACAAACCCCUCACCCCUUUCCUUACCCUGUCCGACCCUGCAGCCUCCAUGCUGCUCUCUCCACAGUGACCCCCCCUCCCCUCCCCUCUUCCUCCCAGGACCCCUGGCUUGACCUCCCGCUGCUAGCCAACCAGAGCUGUCAAAGCCCUCAGAUCAGUUCAGUCCUCAAAAGCCCCAAGGACCUGCAGGCGUUUGCUACGACCUUCCAGAGAUGUAACUAUAUUUUGUAUUAAUUAGCCACGCACCUUGGUGCUAGCUACCCGCCCCCCCAAGCUAAUGUGUGAAGAUGGUGUGAAGUGUGGUUGAAGGAGAGCUCUGUGGGCUAUGGUGGCCCAUGAGGAACAAAAAACUUGCAAACACCAUGCCAUUGCCUUUGGGCGCAGAAAGAAGGCGUGGCAAGAAACGUACAUCCUUGUUGUGUCCACGCGUCAUGAAAAGUGCAAUACGGAAAUCGCUUCUGAGAAUCCCAAGCCAGUUCUCUCAGGUGCCUGUGCGAUGCACGUGGAUGAUUAGUGGAUGUUACCCACUGUGCUUGGAAGGAAUGACUAUGGUGGGUGAUUUUUGUGUCGGUGAAUGUAUUUCUUUUUCCUUUCCAAAUGUGAUUUCUUGUUUGUUUGUUCUGGUUUUUUAAUUUUUUUUAUUGUUUUCUACAAGGUGUUGAUUUAACCACCACACAAAUCAGAUAUGUCUUAAAUGUACACAGAAUUGACACUUUUGCCUAGAUGCUAAAACAGAAGGCCUAAGUUGGCAAAAGAAUGUUUGUGUGAGAAUCACUAACGAUUCUAAACAGGACUUUUAUUGUCUGAAAAAAAAAAUCCAAAGUUAUUAUCCAAGGAAAUGUGCCUUAUUUUACACUUUCUUAUGGAGUUCUCAGUGUGUUUUGUUCUUUAAUGUGAGUAGCAAAUUUGUGAUGCCCUAAGGCCAUGUUUGAUCUCUUUAUGUUCCUUGAUAUGACAUUUGCUGUGAGUGUAAUUUGUAAUUGGCAGCAGGAUCUCGUCUGAUAGGAGUCGAUAAUGAUUAUGGGUCUAUUAAUGUGACCCCAAAUUUAUCCUCAAAUGUCCGCUGAAUUGUCUUUGAAACUACUCUCAGUGUGUUUGGAAUCCGGUCAAGCAAUCAACAUUGCUAACAUAUCAACCAUAACCAUGCUGCAGUUUAAGUCCCUGAGUUCUUAAGUUACAAAUGUAGCACAUAUUUACGCCUGGGGGGAAAAAACCUCAACAGUGUUGACUGGCAUUUAAGAACUGUUACUACUCAUGAGCUCACCAUUCACAGCAGUAUAACUGUCCAAUGGAAAAUUCUAAUUGUUCACCAUUGAAUCAUUCCAACAUCAAACCAUGUUCCGCUAGAGCAUUUCAAUGCAGUGUUCCUUGAGCCAGAUCUAAGUGGUGAUGCCACUUCAUACCAGCCAAGCUGUCGAACAUGCAUCCCAGACCCAUAGCAAGUAAAGUGACACUCGGAUACAUAACGUGCAGAGAAAUGCGUGGGCAAUCUCAACUAUGCAACUCUGCCAUUUGAUCUACAUUUUAUUUUUGGAUCCUAAUACUGUCAGAAGUUAUAACGGGUCCUUACCACACUUGGCAUUUUAACGGGAAUGCCUGGUCGUUGUCAAGCACUAAGAUGGGAUAGUGGUUCAUGGAAUGACCAAAAAGAGGAAUCUGAGCGUGAGCUUUUCUAGAGGACAACUGAGAAGUUGCUCCGUCGUGCGUUCCAGUGCAAUCGCCUUUCUUUUUGUCAGAAGUUAAAGGAUUGCUGGGCCAACUGAUGCUGUGAUGUGUGAACUUUUUCAUGUGUGUAUUUUCCAUGUUUCAGCUAAAUGUGGGAGCUGUUUUUUUUUUUUUUUCCUUCUCUCUUUCUUUCUAUGCUGUGUUGGGUGUGUGUGAAUGUCAGUUGAAGAAUCGAAGCUGGUCCUGGAGAAGCCCUGUUCGUAAUGUCUGGUGCAUAACAUUUCUAUUUGCCCAAUUUCUAUUUCAUUUCGUGCCCUACAAUGUUUUUUCCCACUAGUCAAAGGCUGGCCUUAAAAGUAAGAAAUUAAAUUUUAUAUUGUGUUGAUCUGUCUUCA